GGCAGUCAGAGACAAACAGACCUUCAGAGGACUUCAGGAGAGCUCCACAAGAGGAGAAGAAUCUAGAUGCUUUUCUGCAGAGGAAGCACUGAACUACAGACUGAAAGAAAACUGAGCCAAGAUGUCUAAAAACACAGCCAUCGGCAUCGACCUGGGCACCACAUACUCCUGUGUGGGGGUGUUCCAGCAUGGAAAAGUAGAAAUCAUUGCCAAUGACCAGGGCAACAGGACCACCCCCAGCUAUGUGGCCUUCACUGACACUGAGAGGCUGAUCGGGGACGCGGCCAAGAACCAGGUGGCUCUGAACCCAAGCAACACAGUGUUUGACGCCAAGAGGCUGAUUGGAAGAAAGUUUGAUGAUGCGGUUGUCCAGGCUGAUAUGAAGCACUGGCCCUUUAAGGUGUUUUCAGAAGGAGGAAGGCCCAAAAUACAAGUGGAGUACAAAGGGGAGAACAAAGCCUUCUUUCCAGAGGAGAUCUCC